CCUCUGCGUCGAGGCAUAAACCUCUCAGUCCAUGUGCGCCUGCUCUACCCACUGAUACAACCCGGCCACUUGCACAAAAACCUGUGGCUUUCCCACAACUGGGCGUGUGACAACAUUGGGGUGAAUUGCGCAACGAGGAGUGGAGCUGGGGGGGAAAAAACCGUGGAUUGAGACAGCAGGAAGAGAAGCGGGUGGAGUGAUUCAACGCGCUGACUUUUCUAUUCUACCCCCUGGGCCGGGCAGCAGCUGCACACCUGGACCACGGCACGGCACGGCACGGCACGGCAACGGGUAUAACGUUGAGUGAGGAGAGAACGGUGGCGUGUAGACAGCGUGUGAAGAAGACGCAGGCUGUGCGGAGGAGCUGGCGGUUGUGCUGGAGUCACUCCGAGUCUGAAAAGAUAAACAGGCAGCAUGGGUGAGGCACCGGUCACAGAAGGUGAUACUACAGUGAUUCGAUCCGCAGAGUAUGUGGGUUCAUUUCCUGUGGAUGACUGCUGCUUGGAUGAUCAGAUAGAGCAACUGCACACUCAGCUGAGGUCCCUUAAAACAUGCAAAAGAAGCAGACCUGUGUCCCUGAAAUUCUCGAUCAAAGGUGUGAAAAUGUAUGACGAGGAUGAAACGACACUCCUGAUGGCUCACGCUUUGCGUAGAGUCUCUCUGUCCACCGCUCGGCCCAUUGAUGCCCAGUUUGCCUUCGUCUCCCACAACCCAGGCAGCACGGAUGCCCAGCUGUACUGCCAUGUCUUUCGAGCCAGGCAUGCCAGAGCGGCCCAGUUCCUAAACCUGCUCCUUUGCCGCUGUUUCCAGCUGUCUUACUUGGAGAAGCACCCAGAGGAGGCCCUGGAAGACUCCGUUGGUUCAAUGCCUCAUCGCAAACCCUCCCUGCUUAACCACGGCUUCCCUCUCAGUGUUAGUGCCCUGGUGUCCUUCAGAAGAGCCCCUUUUCAAGGGUUGUUGCCAGGCAUGAAGAAGAAUCAAAAGUCUUCCGAUGACCUGCACAGCAGCCAAGAUGCAGUCUUCCCCACCUCCUCCCCCUCCCUGGUGCGCAAGGAAGCCAUCCGCAAUAAAGCGCUGCGCUCUGGGGCUUUCCGCUCCUUUACUUUCACACCACACAAACAGCGCAGCGUUCAGGAGCGGCUGAGUGCGUCACAAGAAAAGGACAGAGACAAGCCACAGGUGAAGAGAUCCCGUGCUCCAAGCUUAGCCGAAACAGAAGAAGCUCUGGCUCAAGUAGUGUGGUGUUGGGCUGGUAUGGCAGCUGACCACAGCUUUUCCCUGCUUGCAGACGAUGUUUUGGGAUCCUACCUCCUGUGCCCACAUCCUAAAAAGCCCAAGUGUGGCUCUCUCAUCAUUCGCGUCCCCUCUGGCCUGAAAACCUACCUCAUCGAACUUACAAGUAAAGAGACAUUAGUGCUGGAGAAAUGCAAGGCCGAAUUCAGUUCCAUAGUAGAACUGAUCGAACACUAUACAGAGAAUUGGGAUGAGCUGCCCUGUCUGCUGAGCUGUGCCCGGGUAAACCACUGUUACGAGUGGGAGGAAAAUACCAGCAAACAGCAGGCUGGAAAGCCACACAAAAGCCUGAACAAAGCCAACAUUAAAAGUACCCCCAGAAAGGACUGGGUUUAAACCCAUGACACUGGAACUUGUGGAUUGCCAAACUCAGAAUAAGUGCCAACUUUUUAUUUUUAUUUUGCACAUAUAUCCUCCCCCUUUAAAUCCUAUUUGGUGUUUUUGUUUUUGGGAGGCUUUACAAACUGUAUAACACAAUGCACCUAUUAACAGUUUUGGCACUUAAUGUAAUCAAAGGGUACUUAUUUGUAAAAGUGUAAUAUUGUGUGCUUGCUGCUUUUUAUGAUUUUUUUAUGAAUGAAUUUUAAUUGUGCCUUGAGUCAAUGAUAGUCAAUUUUUUUUUUUUU